AUGGCAGACUUUUCAGCCCGAAGACGAGAGAACAUUGAAAAUAACGCGCUUCUUCUCAAGGAUAUCAAACCCUUAAUUCCCAAGACAGAACCUCGCUCAGCCGAAACCAAUACCAGUACCAAAAACAACAAACGAAAGGCGAACCCACCGCGCGCGCCUACAAGACAAUCAAGGCGCAUAGCUGAAGCUGUAUCAAAGCCAACAUAUGACGACAACGACGAUGACUAUGACAGCGUCCGUAGAACUUCUUCACGAAGAAACGCCCCUCGUGUGAAAAGAAGCCGAGAUUCUAGUCGAGCUCUUCCCGGGUCGGAUUCAGACUCCGAAACCAACCCCGAACCUGUAAAGGAUGUGGAAUCAAUCAUAGCUGGAUGGACUGCAUGGGAACCUGAGAGCGAAGAACCGAUUCGCGAUAUCGAUGGAACAUUCCGUUUCGAGUCGCAUCCUGAUUUCCGCCCAAACAAAUCACCGGAGGAGAUCAUUCGCGAGGGAAGCUUUGGUGGAUCCUACUGGAGACCUCUGUACUCAAAGCGCCUUAAGAUCACCGUGAAAGACGAUUGGAAAGAACUCCCAGAGUCAUGGACAGCUGGCCUGGACGUGGAUACAUAUCUCACCAGUACCACUUACGACCCAGAGAUCAACAAAUACGGAGUGCAAUGUGGACAAAGCAUCGAAGAAUGGGAGGCAGCUGGCUGGAUUGCUCACGAGUACGAUGUUCGGGGUUGGUUCCAGUGGUACUGUCGGUUUUACAUGGGUCGUCGCUGUGCCGAUGACGAGCGCCAGAUCAGCCGCUGGAAGAAAUGUGUAGGCGAGACUGGUCGCUGGCGAAGGAUCUUGCUCAAGAAAUAUGUUGCUCUUGGGAUACGGAGUGUGUUUGCUGAUGACGAUGGGGAGGAUGAGGAUGGACCUGAUGUGAGUCCUGUGGUACAUCAGACAUGCCAUCACUGGGCGUAUGAGGUCCACCAGGACGCUCUGGAUCGUUUUUGGGCUGAUGGAAAGUAA